CAUGGAGGUAGAAUUGGUGGAGUCGACACGGCCCGCUUAUCCCAUUCAUUGAGGUGAAGCCGACGAACUGUCAAAUUUACGGCCAAAAGAUGGGGGUGGGCGAACCUGGCCGAGCCCAUUAAGAGGGAGCCUGACCUGAUAACACCUGACACCUGGCCGUAAAAAUGACAGCUCGGGCGGGUUCACUUAACUGGGCUGAUGUCGACUCCACCAAUUCUACCUCCAUGGUUCAAAACAAGGGUGAUAAGGGACGGUGAGGGUCGUGUCGUGCUGUGUUGAGCCUCAAAAAUAAUCGUUCCCCGGCCCUGACAACUUCUGGUGUGAUGGCGCUAACGAGGUUCCGGGAGGUGUUCCAGGUGUGAUGGCGCUAACGAGGUUCCGGGAGGUGUUCCAGGUGUGUCAGGCGGCUGUCAUUGGCAUGGUGCACGUCCGCCCCCUCCCCGCCACCCCCCUCAGCCGCCACUCUGUCCGCCAGCUGGUGGAGAAGGCGGUGCAGGAGGCGGAGCUGUAUGUGGAUGCCGGUGUGGAUGGGCUACUUGUCGAGAACAUGUUUGACCUCCCAUAUGUGAAGGGAGGUCAGCUCGGGCCGGAGGUCGUGGCCUGCAUGACCCGGGUGUGUCGAGAGGUCAGGAGUGUCACCCCCUCAUCGCUGCCUUGUGGAGUGCAGAUCCUGGCAGGGGGCAACCACGCAGCCCUGGCGGUGGCUCAGGCGGCGGAGCUACAGUUCAUCAGGGCGGAAGGGUUCAUCUUUGGCCACCUGGGGGACGAGGGAUGGGCCGAGGCGUGCGCUGGGCCACUUCUGCGCUACCGGAAGGCCAUUGGGGCAGAGGGGGUGAUGGUGUUGGCCGAUGUGAAGAAGAAGCAUUGUGCCCAUGCCAUGACCUCUGACCUGGGCAUUGGUGAGACAGCUCGGGCUGCCCAAUUCUUCCUGGCGGACGGUGUGGUGGUGACGGGGGCUGCCACAGGGGCGGAGGCUGACCCUGGGGAGCUGAUGGAGGUGCUGGAGAGUGUGGACCUACCUGUGUUAGUGGGCUCAGGUGUGACGAGGGAGAACGCACACACGUACACACACGCACACGGCCUCAUCGUGGGCUCGUACUUCAAGGAGGGAGGCAGGUGGGCGGGUGAGCUUGAAGCGGCGAAGGUCAAGCAGUUUACAGACCACGUGAAGAGGCUCCGAGAGGGAUGACGCAAGCAAAGGUGAUCGACUGACUGACGACACAGGUGGCUAACGAGGGAGGUGACAGGUGGUGACAGACAGGUAGACAGGUAAACAGGUGCACACAGAUUAAUAGGUAGAUAUAUAGACAGAUUUAUACACAGACAGACACAGAUAGACUCCACUCACACAGCUCUCUUUGACAGACUGGAGUUUAAGGCUCUUCGUCUCAGCAGCUCUCCUCCUCUUACUGAUACUCUUCUACCUCUUAAAUUCUGCCGCCAUGUUGCCUCUCUCUCUAUCUUCUAUCGAUAUUUCCACGCUGACUGCUCUUCUGAACUUGUUAACUGCAUGCCUCCCCCCCUCCCGCGGCCCCGCCACACAAGACUUUCUACUCAAGCUCAUCCCUAUACUGUCCAAAUCCCUUACGCAAGAGUUAACCAGCAUCUUCACUCUUUCAUCCCUCACGCUGGUAAACUCUGGAACAAUCUUCCUUCAUCCGUAUUUCCUCCUGCCUACGACUUGAACUCUUUCAAGAGGAGGGUAUCAGGACACCUCUCCUCCCGAAAUUGACCCCCUUUCGGCCACUCCUCUAACUCUUUUUAGGAGCAGUGAGUAGCAGGCUUUUUUUUUUUUUUCAUUUGUUACGUUUUUUUAUGCCCUUGGACUGACUCCUCUGCUGUAAAAAAAAAAAAAAAAGAAGAAAAACAGACAUACAUAUUUACACACAGACAGACAGACAGACACAUAAAUGAAUAUUGUAGAGAGAAAAAGACUUAUAAACAGACAGACAGACAGACCAUGGAGAGAAUUUGACCAAGAAAAGCACACACACACACACACACACACACACACACACACACACACACACACACACACACACACACAGACAGACAGACACAUAAAUGAAUAUUGUAGAGAGAAACAGACUUAUAAACAGACAGACUGACAGAUUAUUGAGAGAAUUUGACCAAGAAAAACAGACAAACACAUUUACAAACAGACAUACAGACAGAUAUACAGGUGACAUUCCAUUAUCAAGUACUUAUAUACCUGUAAUUACCUAAGACCUGUUAAUUAGUGCCUUAAUUAUCUUUGUACCUAAAUGAAGUUCUAUCUACCUCUG